AUGUCUUCCAAUCCCGUCCUUCCGCAGGGCGCAGGAUAUGGCGUCGUUGUUGGCAUUGGACUGUUUUUCAGCGCAUUUAUGCUGGGCCUGACUGCGAUACAGUCUCGAUAUACUGGCUUUUCACCGAAGAAUUCAGAAGAGUUCAAUAGCGCCUCGCGAAGCGUUAAGCCAGGUCUGAUUGCGUCUGGGAUUGUCUCCGCUUGGACAUGGGCUGCUACGCUGCUGCAAUCUAGCGCCGUAGCAUAUGAGUAUGGAAUCUCCGGCCCUUGGUGGUAUGGCGCCGGCGCGACAGUUCAGAUUCUUCUCUUCGCUCAGCUUGCAGCCAAACUGAAGCUCAAUGCACCGCAUGCGCAUACAUGGCUUGAGAUUGUUGCUGCCAGAUGGGGCACGGUUGCUCACCUAGUCUUCAUGUUUUUCGGGCUUGCCACAAACAUCAUCGUAUCGUCCAUGCUUAUUCUUGGCGGCUCCGCAACAGUCCAUUCGUUAACAGGAAUGAACACACUAGCAGCCUGUUUCCUUAUUCCAGUCGGUGUCGCCAUCUACGUAGUCGUAGGAGGCAUGCGUGCAACGCUAUUGUGUGACUACACCCACACAAGUGUUUUGUUUGCCAUCAUCUUCGUAUUCGUUUUCACCGUGUACGCGACGAGUUCAAAGAUUGGCAGUUUCAGUGCGAUGCACUCGUUGUUGGCUCAAGCAGCGGAAGAAGCCCCAGUAUCAGGCAACGCACACGGGUCAUACCUGACAAUGCGUUCCAAAAACGGACUGAUCUUCGGCGUAAUCAAUGUCAUCGGAAACUUUGCGACUGUAUUCCAGGACCAAGCGUAUUGGCAACGAGCGAUCGCUAGUCGCCCUGCGACCUGCGUCAAGGCUUACUUGGUUGGUGGUCUUGCCUGGUUCGCUAUCCCGUUCAUGUUUUCAACUACCCUCGGCCUUUCUGCAGUAGCCCUGCGCAACGACCCCGACAUGAUGACUCUGACUGCUGCGGACGUCUCUGCGGGCUUGCCUGCAUCGGCCGCUGCUGCGGCUCUCCUCGGACAGUCCGGUGCCGCAGCAUUGCUCGUCGUGCUGUUCUUGGCAGUCACGUCUGCGACUUCGGCAGAAUUGAUCGCGGUUUCGGCUGUGUUGACGUACGAUGUCUACAAGAGGUACUUCAACCCGAAAGCCACCGAGAGACAGAUCCUGAUGAUGUCGCACGCUAUGGUCGUUUUCUUUGCCAUUGUGAUGGGUUUCCUUGGCCUUAUCUUCUACUACAUUGGCAUCUCCAUGGGGUGGCUCUACGAUUUCAUGGGCGUUGUCUUGGGUUCAGCAGUGGUACCCAUUGCUAUCUGCGUCACUUGGAAGAAGGCGAACAAGUGGGGAUGCAUUUGUGGGGCCGUUGCUGGGUUCUGCUCUGGAGUUAUUGCAUGGCUAGUUAGUACUGCGACGCUCAAUGAUAGCAUCAUCAAUGUCACGACCAGCGGAGGCGACCAUGAGAUGCUAUCCGGUAACUUGGCCUCCAUCGGAAUCGGCGGUAUAGUGGCCGUCACGACUUCUCUCAUCUGGCCAGAGGACUUCAACUUCGACAUCACGCGAGCCAUCAAUAAGUCUUCUACCAGCAGUAGCAGUGCCGAUGAAAAAUCUGUCGAUGCAGACCACCAGGAUCAUUUCGAUGAGAAGAAGCAGCACUCGAGCGACGUAUCAUUAGAGCCUGUCAUCUCGGCUGAGGCAGCAGCCGCGGAAGAGGCCAAGGAGUUAGACCCCGCAGCACUGCAGAAAGCAUUCGAUCUCGCCGCGUGGUCCUCGAUCGCCUUGACCUUGGUCAUGUUGAUCAUUAUUCCGCUCCCAUUGUUCUUCGCACAGACCAUCUACGGCGUCCGAGGCCUGUCUGCAUGGGUCGUCAUCGGGAUGAUCUGGACCUUCUGUUCUGCCAUAUCGGUAGUGCUAUAUCCGUUGUACGAGAGUCGUACUGCCCUGGGAUUGAUUGGAAAGGGCAUAAUCAAGGAUAUCUUCAUGAAGGGUAGCGGCAAGUUCGUUCACCAUCUUCCGACGACACAUCAUGCUUGA